AUGCCAAUUAUCAGAGUGAGCGAUAAAGAAAAAGGAAAGUUAUUGAAAGUAUUAGAUUCUCGUAAAACACUAUCUUGUGCGUUCAGAACCUGGGAUCUAUGCGAGUAUCCCGUGCUUCCUAGAAACACUUCUCAUUCGUGGACUGUUAAGUCUAGCAGCUUACUGGAAAAACCAAGAUUUGUUUUGUUUGGAUUACAAACAAGUAGAAAAAACAAUAUCGAAAACGAUGCUGGUCGUUUUGAUCAUUGUCAACUGAAAAAUCUUAAGGUACACUUAAACUCUGAAGUGUAUCCAUAUGAAGACUUUCGAGCUGAUUUUAAAAAUAAUACCACCAGCAUACUCUACAAAGCUUAUACAGACUUUCAAAAAUCGUAUUACGAAAGAGAUUAUUGUGAACCGUUGUUAUCAAAACAUAUUUUUCAAAACUAUGUGCCAAUCGUCGUUGUCGAUUUGUCGUAUCAGAAUGAUAACGUUAAAUCAUCGACCGUGGACCUACGAAUAGACUUUGAAACGGACACAGUUAUUCCAGAAAAGACAUCGGCUUAUUGUUUAAUACUACAUGAUCAGAUUAUAACUUACAAUCCGUUUAGUGGAGAUGUUAGAAAAUUGUAA